AUGUCAUUUAGCAUCACCCUUCGUCAAGGGCCUGCGCGCCUGGCGCAGCGUCUCCCGCAACUCUCCCAGACCUCUGCCUCUGCCGCCUUCCGCACGACGGCCACCCGGUCUUUCCACCAGGCCGCGCCCAAGACCAGAUCAUCUGCCAUCACCGCCCGCGCGACCGGCCUUACCUCGACCUCCUUCGUCGCCCGCAAUGCCUUCCGCAACUCCGCGAGGACGUACAUGCAUGAUGCCGCCCCGGGCGUCCAGGGCCAGUCCAGCCCUAUGCGCAAGCUGUUGGUCGGCGGCGCCAUCUUUGGCGGCAGCCUGUUGGCCAUCAACCUCGUCUUCAACCGCGAGACCCGCGACGACGGCGGCAUGCCCGUCUACGAGCGCGAGUACCUCAACGACACCUUCCUCCACACCGGUCUGGGUAUCGGCAUCAUCGCCCUCAGCGCGCGCCAGAUGAUCCAGUCUGGCUUCGUCUACAGGCUGAUGGUGACCAACCCCUGGGUCGUCGGUCUCGGUGGUCUCGCUCUCAGCUUCGGAACCAUGUACGGAACCCGGGCUAUCUCUCCUGACAACUACAUCCCCAAGUACGCCAUGUGGGCCGCCUUCAACGCCACCCAGGCCGCCAUGAUUGCUCCUCUCUUGACGAUGGUCCCCGGUGCCCUCCUCGCCCGCGCUGGUCUCUACACUGUCGCCAUGAUGGGCAGCUUGUCCAUUGUCGGUGCCACUGCCAAGCAGGACAAGUACCUCUACAUCGGUGGUCCCCUCCUCGCUGGUCUUGGUGUCGUCGUCGCCUCCAGCCUGGCUCCCAUGCUCUUGCCCGUCACCGCCGUCCGCACCCUUGCCUUGACCGAGAGCAUCUCUCUGUACGGUGGUCUCGCCGUCUUUGGCGGCUUCACUCUCUACGACGUCCAAAAGAUCCUGCACCACGCCCGCCUCGCCGAGCGCGGUGUGAUCCGCAAGGACGCCGUCAACGAGAGCAUUGCGCUCGAGCUUGACUUCAUCAACAUCUUUGUCCGCAUGGUUCAAAUCCUGAUGAUGCAGCAGAACCGCAAGAAAUAA